GACCGGGGCGGGACUCAGGGCUGGACGCGGGCGCGCGCCCGGCACCGUGUUUACCCGGCGUCCUAGCAACCGGCGGGCGCGCGGGCGGAGCGCGGAGUGCGGGGCGCUGAGCCGGGUGCUGCGUGUGUGUGCUGAGCUCAGGUUUGAGCAUCGUGGGAUCCCAUGGGCGUGGCACUGACCAGGUCUGCGCAGUGGACUGCUGCGGGGCAUGGGGCUAAGACCCUGGAAGUUACUCCUCUCAAUGAGGCUAUAGUGAAGGAAAUUAUUAUGUUUGUGGAGAGUUUUAUCUAUAAAUAUCCCCAAGAGGCAAACUAUGUUUUUGUAGAACCGCUGGAAUGGAAAACAAAUUUGGACCCCUCAGCGUUUGGAUCAGGCUAUGCUGUCAGUGGAACAACAGUCAAAUCAGAAGAAGUUGAUAAAAAUGGAGAGCCUUUGCUGUAUCUCUCUGUACCACAAAUUAAAAUCAGGAGCUUUGGGCAGCUGUCACGUAUGUUAUAUAUUGCUAAAAAUAUGAAGCUGAAGGAAGCACAAGCAUGUAUUGAAGCAAACAGAAAUCCAGUAGCAAAAAUCUUGGGCUUGGAUUAUAAUAUAAUAAAUGAAAAAAUUGGAAACUCAUUUGUAUCUAAUAUUCUUGACAAAAUUACCAAAGAUGAUGAUUCUGAAAGUGAGAUUAAGAUGAAGAUUGCCUUGCAACUCAAGCAGCUGGAUCUGCACUUACUCAAUCAUUCUCUGAAACAUAUUUCCUUAGAAAUACGAUUAAAUCCAGGGACUGUGAAGAAUGACAUAGAGCUGCUUAAACAGUUCUCAGGAAAGGGAAAACAGACAGUCUUGGAAUCUAUCGAGUACACCUCAGAUUAUGAAUUUUCUAAUGGAUGUCGAGCCCCACCUUGGAGACAGAUUAAAGGCGAAAUUUGUUACGUGCUGGUGAAACCUCACGAUGCUGAAACUUUGUGCGUUACUUGCAGCAAAGAAGGAGUGUUUUUAAAUGGUGGCAAAACAGAUGAUGAAGGGCAAAUUAAUUAUGAAAGAAAAGGAGAAAUUUAUAAAGACCUUGUCACACUUUUAAAAGAAAAAUCAGCAAUAUUUUCAGAAAAUAUGUCUAAACAGGAAAUUAAAUUCAGUGAACAACCACAAAAGGAUCAGCCUAACGAGGCACCUAAGCAGGAAGUGGCCAUUACACACAAAGCUAGUGUUACUUCCCACAAGAGUACACAGGAGAAGAACCGAAUUAAUCUGGGAAGGAGUCAACUGACCAAGAGAUUGGAGCCAAGUUUAAACUGGAGGACCAGUGUCAGUUCCAAAGAGAGCAGAAAUACACUAAGAGACACCCAAGUAGAAAAACAUGGAGGAAAACUUGAAAAGUCCAGAUCAUCUCUUUCACCUGGAAGAGCACAGUUAAUUCGUAAGAGUGUUGAAAAGAUUGAGGAAAUUAUUAGUGACAGCUCCUCAGAAAGUGAGGAAGAUGAAGAACAACCUGAUCAUCGUCAGGAAGCAAAUGCAGAUUUGCCAUCAGAAUAUUGGCAAAUUCAGAAGCUGGUGAAAUAUUUGAAGGGAGGAAAUCAGACGGCUACCGUGAUUGCAUUGUGUUCAAUGAAGGAUUUUAACUUAGCACAAGAGACCUGCCAGUUGGCGAUCAGGGAUGUUGGAGGCCUUGAAGUUUUAAUAAAUUUACUUGAGACAGAUGAAGUCAAAUGUAAGAUUGGUUCAUUAAAAAUCCUGAAGGAAAUCAGUCAUAAUCCUCAAAUCAGACGUAAUAUUGUUGACCUUGGGGGCUUACCAGUUAUGGUUAAUAUACUUGAUUCUCCACAUAAGAGUCUGAAAUGCUUGGCAGCUGAGACAAUUGCGAAUGUUGCCAAGUUUAGGAGAGCCCGGCGGGUGGUGAGACGCCAUGGAGGCAUCACCAAGCUGGUCGCUCUGCUUGACUGUGGGAAGCAUUCUGGAGAACCUGCUCAGUCCAGCCUGUAUGAGACCCGAGACGUGGAGGUGGCCCGCUGUGGGGCGCUGGCACUGUGGAGCUGCAGCAAGAGCUAUGCGAACAAAGAGGCCAUUCGUAAAGCAGGAGGCAUCCCUUUGCUGGCGCGGCUCCUGAAGACUUCUCAUGAAAACAUGCUUAUCCCGGUGGUGGGGACGUUGCAGGAAUGUGCCUCAGAGGAAAACUACCGAGCUGCAAUCAAAGCUGAAAGGAUAAUCGAAAACCUGGUAAAAAACCUGAACAGUGAAAACGAACAGCUACAGGAGCAUUGCGCCAUGGCCAUCUACCAGUGUGCGGAAGACGAGGAAACCCGCGACCUGGUUAGGCUGCACGGAGGACUUAAACCCCUGGCCUCCCUCCUCAACAACACUGACAACAAAGAGCGGUUGGCCGCUGUCACAGGGGCCAUAUGGAAAUGUUCCAUCAGCAAAGAGAAUGUGACCAAAUUUCGGGAAUACAAAGCCAUCGAAACGCUGGUGGGACUUUUAACUGACCAGCCCGAGGAAGUGCUUGUGAACGUGGUUGGUGCGUUGGGAGAAUGCUGCCAAGAACACGAGAACAGAGUCAUCAUCCGGAGAUGUGGUGGCAUCCAGCCACUCGUGAACCUCCUCGUCGGGAUAAACCAAGCUCUUCUUGUCAAUGUCACAAAAGCAGUUGGUGCUUGUGCGGUGGAGCCCGAAAGUAUGAUGAUAAUUGAUCGCUUAGAUGGAGUUCGUUUGUUGUGGUCCCUGCUAAAAAAUCCUCACCCGGACGUGAAGGCCAGUGCAGCUUGGGCCCUCUGUCCCUGCAUCCAGAAUGCAAAGGAUGCUGGAGAAAUGGUUCGUUCCUUCGUUGGUGGUUUGGAACUUGUUGUCAAUUUACUGAAAUCAGAUAAUAAAGAAGUGUUGGCCAGUGUAUGUGCUGUUAUUACCAAUAUAGCAAAAGAUCAAGAAAAUUUAGCUGUUAUCACAGAUCAUGGAGUUGUUCCUUUACUGUCCAAGCUAGCAAAUACAAAUAACGACAAACUGAGGUGUCACCUAGCAGAAACGAUUUCACGUUGCUGUAUGUGGGGCAGAAACAGAGUGGCCUUUGGCGAGCACAAGGCAGUGGCUCCCUUAGUGCGGUACCUGAAAUCAAAUGACACCAACGUGCACAGAGCAACAGCCCAAGCCUUGUACCAGCUCUCGGAAGAUGCCGACAACUGCGUUACCAUGCACGAGAACGGCGCCGUGAAGCUUCUCCUGGACAUGGUUGGGUCACCUGAUGAGGAACUCCAGGAAGCUGCUGCAGGUUGUAUAUCCAACAUUCGCAGGUUGGCACUUGCUAUUGAGAAGGCGAGAUACAGCUGAACCUGAAUGGACAUGACAGCUACCAAAUUUUACAUGACAAUGAGAGCUCUGAGAUGUGCUGACUUGACAAACGGUUAUGGAACAGAAUUCAGAGUUCAGCAGCUGGGCUGAGAGAGAACGUCCUGAGGUCAUUCCAAGUUUCUCCUAAAGCUGUCAAACAUCUGAGAAGACAACGUAUAACUGUCGCUGUCCCAGAUAACACAAAUCACAAAAACAUAAGCACUGAGUGAGAUUUUCACUUUUGCAUUUCCCAGGCAUAAACAGUGAAAUGUUUUAUUUCCCUCACAGGAUACACCAACACUUUUAUUGAAAGAAUUAAUUUAUGCCGAUGUACGCACACCUCACAACACAAGGAUAAUAUUACUUUCACGUAAACUUGCUUGGAGUUUCUGAACUUGUUUUCAGCAUACAAAGUACUUUUUAAAAAGUGGCUACAAAGGAUUAAUAGCAUUUUAUCAAGUUAUAGAAACAUGAGAAGCCACUUAAAAGAACCACAUAUGUAACCUUGGUGUGCUACAAUGUUUGGGAACUCACCGUGCCCCGUCUAGAACUAGCUAGGAAAACAGCUUCGUGUAUAUCCGCUCAGUAAACCGACAGUCUCACUCUUUAAAGAGCAGGCAAGGUUUUAUUGAAAAAAUAUGAAGUACUGUGUAUGUUUGUCAUAAUUUGGAGAAGACCGUAAACUUAAUUGAAUUAAAUGUAAAUAAUUUGUAUGAAAUGAAAACCCCAUACAGGAUGAAAAUUAUCCUGGUGAUUCUGAGAAUUUUAAGAUUUUGUAAAACACCAAUUCAUCUUUAUUGCUUUUCAAAGGAGGUUAUAAAAGAGGAUAAUAGAAACAAGGAAAUGGUAUCAAUGCUAACAAAGAGUUGAAUUUUAAUAAUAGUGUAAAUCCUCAAACGCACGUCGGACUCUUUGUGACCCCAUGGACUAUAGCCGGCCAGGCUCCUUUGUCCAUGGGGAUUCUCCAGGCAGGAAUAGUGGAGUGGGUUGCCAUGCCCUCCUCUGGGGGACCUUCCUCACCCGAGGAUCGAACCUAGAUCUCCUGCAUAGCAGGCAGAUUUUUUAUCAUCUAAGCCACUAGGGAAGCUCUUUAAAUAAUAGUGUAAAUCCUAAAACUCUCAACAGUAGGUAUUAUUAAAGACACUGGUUAGGUGUGUUUCACUAAUAUUAAAAACACAUCUAGAAAUCAUGGAUUAUGACAGUUAUAGAAAAUGAAUAAAUAUAUUAUUGUUACAUUAUUAUUAAAGGAAGCUUUCUCCAUCAUUUUAAGAUUGUUCAUAUUCUUGGAAUUAGAGGGUCGUAAGAGCUUGCCUGAAGAAUCCCACGGACAGAGGCGCCUGGAGGGCUACAGUCCAUAGUGUGGCAAAGAGUCAGGCUCGACUAAAGUGACUUAGCAUGCAUGGAUGAGAGGGGAAGGAAGCAAUAGAAAACAAACAAUCAAACAUCUGCAGCAGCACAAAGAACUGGACGAGUAGUUGAGAAGGAUAAGUUCCUUUACCAUGUGCAAGUGUGGGACUUUCAUUUCUAUGAUUAUUAAAGACAUAAAAUGAGAGCAACAGUACCAUUUUAAAGGAAACUGAACUUGUGGGAACAGAUACAGUAAGCUAACAUGAAAAUCAUUUUGAGUAUUUCUAAGAGUUGUGUCCUUUUAAUUGGUAAAGCACCCUGGAUGUAGUGGUCUUCCCACAGGUGGCUCAGUGGUAAAGAAUCAGCCUGCCUAUGCAGGAGACACAGGAGAUGUGGGUUUGAUCCCUGGGUCAGGAAGAUCCCCCUGGAGGAGGAAACGGCAA